GAUGGCCGUCGCCGACGCGGUGCUUCCCUCGCUGCCCCCGCCGGCGCGGACCGUCGUCGUGGUGCUGGCGCUCGUGCGCUUCGCCCUCGCUCCGAUGCUGGCGCUGGGGCGCGUCCUCUGCGUCGCGGCGGGGGCCCUCCCCUACCUGUGGUUCGCGGCCGCGUGGGUCAUCUCCGCGGCCUCGGCUGCGCAGGUCGUGGCGCGCCGCGCCUGGGGCGAGGGCUCCGCCCCCUUCCUCUUCCUCCAGGCCUUCACGUCCGGCGCUUACAAGGUCUGCGCCUACAGCUUCUUUAUCUUGCUCGCGCUGGCCGCCCUGCUGCUGUGCGGCCUGUGCGUGGCGUACGCGAUUGCAGUUCUAUCUGGAUCCGGUUCAGCAUUCAAAAAGCGCGCCGGGGAAAUCGCGUGGGAGUCAGCUGCAAAUCACUCGUUUAGGCUACCCCGUGCCGCGGUGCUUGGAUUGAUCACAGAUGUGCCCUUCUUCCUGCUACUUGUGACUGGUCUUCUGUUGGCGAUGAUGUCACAUGUGGAGGGAUCAAUAUCUCAGGGAGAAAUGGUUGGUUUAGUAGUCGCAGAUGUGGGGAUUUUUGGUAUGCACGCGAUAUCUUGCAUUCUCAUCAUUCCAGCUCUAGCACUUGGUGUCUGGAGGGAGGACCUGGCGGACCGGAAAGCACCAUCGCAGUUUUGUUGA